AUGCGGGAGGCGAAGCUGGAGCCCGACGUCAUCAGCUACACCGCUGGGAUCGGCGCCUGCGAGAAAGGCAGGCAAUGGCAGUGGGCUUUUGCGUUGCUCAGCCACAUGUGGGAGGCGAAGUUCGAAGCCAACCGCAUCAGCUACAACGCUGCGAUCAGCGCGUGCCAGAACGGCAAGCAGUGGCAGAGGGCUCUGUUUCUGCUAAGAGACAUCCGCCAGAUGAACUUGUACUCGGACUUGUUCGUGUAUGGGAUUGUAGCCAGCAUGUGCGAGCAUGGCGGACACAAGAAACUGGUGCAGUCGUUGACGAGGGAGAUGUGCGGCCUGAUCGCAGCGGAAUAG